AUGAUACAUUGGUUGGUCCAGUCAGAGCAGCGUGUAUGUGAGCUGUCCCAGGCUCUGGCCCACAGCGAGGAGCAGCUGAGCCAGCUGCAGAGCCACUCCCAGAGCCAGAGCCUGAAGCUGAAGAAUCUCCAUGAAGUGCGCGUGCAGCUCAACAGCAUGAUGGAGAUGAACGAGUUCCUACAGAUGGAGAAUGAUAUGGCCAGGGAGCAGGUGGUGGAGAGUGAGAGGACCCUCCGGGCUAACCUACAGGGGCUCAGGGAGAGGAACAUCCAGUGUGAGGACCUGAAAGGAGCCCUCAGCCACCUCCAGGCUGAGAGGGAGGCUUUGCAGGCAGAGCUGGAGGACAGUCAGGCCAGAGCCCAGUCAAUCCAAUUGGACCUGGUAGAGCAGCUAGACCAGGCUAUUACUGGGGUCACCCUGCUACACCACACACUGAGACGACUGACCAACGAUGUUCACACUGCUCUGACCACCAAGGUAAUCACACACACCCUGCUACACCACACACUGAGACGACUGACCAACGAUGUUCACACUGCUCUGACCACCAAGAAGCCAGAGGUCUGUGGUAAAGACGAGGUGUCCCAGCCCUCCCUCCAUGUUGAGCGUCAUCCCUCCACCUCCUUCGUGGACAGCAUCAUGGUGGCCAUCACCACUGACCUGGCGCAGGUCAAUGACACACAACCACAAGCUGAAGGGUUGGGCAGCGAGACCAGUGCCUUCACUCGCCUCGCACCCAUCACUCCUAAGAAGUGUCAGGUGGUGCCUCCAGAGGAGGAUCAGAGUAGCGUGGUGGAGCUGCUAGCAGACCUGGCUAACACAGUCUCUGAGCUCGGCUCCACCAUCACACAGCUACGACAGAGCAAGGACACCGAGCAGGAGGCACUGAACAACACCAUCUGUGGGCUGCAGGGGGAGCAGGAGGCCCAGGCCCACAGACACAGGGCUGAGGUAUCCGAGCUGAGGGGCCAGCUGAGCCGUCUCCAGACCCAGCUAGGCCGGGACCAGGUGGCUCUACAGAACAAAGCCCAGGAGGUAGACACUAUGAAGAGGAUCUGCAGUGAAGUGGAUGAGGCCAGGGAGUUUCUUUACAAGCACAAAUCUGAGAACAAAGAGCUGUGUAGGGAGGUGGCAGACCUGCGCCUUUCACUGCACCAAUCACAGGUGGAGUCCCAGGCUCUAAGGGACGAGCUAAGAAAGACCGGCAACCAAUCAGCACACAGCAUGCAUUCCAUGGACGACAAGAUCCGCCUACUGAAAGAGGUGGAAAGACUAAAGAGGACUCUGUUGGAAGCUGAGGAAGGAAGAGCAAAGCUUCUGGAGAGAGCCAAGAGACAUCAAAUGAUCCACGACACCAACCAGAAGAAAGCGGAGAAGGAACUUCGAGUCCUUGACGAUAUGAUUGAGACGGUCAGAAAGACUUUGUCUUCUGUUCCUGACGUUGUCAAGACCUGCAAAGAACUCAAGACUCUAGUCGAAUAUCUUUGUUAAUGUCAUAUUAUAAACUGUAGUUUUAAUCAGUUCUGUUUUUUAAAAUGUUUUCUUAAACCUAUUUGUACAAAUAAAAAAUUCUGGUAACACGU